CCGUUUACGACGUUCGACGAGGCGGCGUUUCCGAAACCGCUGCGAGCGGCGCUGAAAGCGCAGGGAUACGACGCGCCGACGCCGAUUCAGGCGGAAGCGUGGCCGAUAUUGCUGAAGGGGAAGGAUGUGGUGGCGAUCGCGAAGACGGGGUCGGGGAAGACGUGUGGGUUUUUGUUGCCGGCGCUGGCGAGCAUCAUGCAGUUGCUCGAUGGACGAUGGCGUCCGGGGGCGGUGACGCCGACGGUCAUCGUGUUAGCGCCAACGCGGGAGUUGGCGAUUCAAAUCCACGACGAGUGCGCGAAGUUUUGCCCCGCCGCGGGGUGCCGCUCGGCGGUGCUCUACGGCGGCGCCGCCAAGGGCGAUCAGUUGCGCGCGUUGCGUUCGGGCGCCGACGUCGUCGUCGCCACGCCCGGGCGAUUGAACGAUUUUCUUGAACCACCCCCGGGAUUCACCGCGCCCGUGAGCGCGGUGAAGGCGUCGUACGUCGUCCUCGACGAGGCGGAUCGAAUGUUGGACAUGGGAUUUGAGCCGCAGAUUAAAAAGAUUUUCAAGCUCUGCCCGUCGGCGCGUCAGACGGUGAUGUUCACCGCGACGUGGCCGAAAGCGGUGCAAAAGAUUGCAGACUCUUUCACGACGAAGCCGAUUCACAUUCAAAUCGGUAGCGGCGGCGAUAAACUCACGGCGAAUAAGUCGAUUACGCAAACCGUCGAAGUACUCGAGGAGGAGGAAAAGUUUGACCGUUGCGUCGCCAUCCUGAAGAAGGAGCUCGGUAAGGACGACACGUGCAUUAUGUUUGCCGGCACAAAGCGUCGAUGCGAUUUUUUGGACCGCAGAUUGAAGCAGUCUGGGUUUUCCUCCGCCGGCGCUAUUCACGGCGACAAGGACCAAUACGAGCGCGAGAUGGUCCUCGACAACUUUCGUCGCGGUCGUGGCAAUAUUCUCGUCGCCACUGACGUCGCUGCGCGUGGUUUAGACAUUCCUGGCGUCGCAGCGGUUCUCGUGUACGAUUUUCCGCUCCAAGUGGAGGAUUACGUGCACAGAAUCGGUCGCACCGGACGCGCCGGGAAGGAGGGCAAGGCGUUCACCUUCUUCACUAAAGAUAACCGUGGCGCCGCAAACGAGCUCAUCGAUAUCCUCCAAGGAGCCGGACAAACCGUACCUUUGGCGCUCCAAGCGAUGCAGCGCAAGGGCGGCGGCGGCGGAGGCGGCCGCGGUUGGUCGGGCGGCCGAGGCCGAGGCGGCGGCCGAGGCCGAGGCGGCGGU